GCAGGCCGUCCGAGUAUCUAGGCAGAUCGGGGCUGUCCCAGCCACUCAGAAAAAAGAAAAUAAAGCAACGCACUAGCCUUCUGGGCCCGACCGUAGGGCUGGGCUGGAGUGAAGGUGCCUACGCGGUAGUUUCUCUUUCUCCCGUACCUUUAUUGUUACUUGUGUUGGAAGGCGACUGUUUAAAGAGAGAUGAGUGCUCUGGGUCCUCCCGAGGAAGGGAAGUUAAGUCUUCGAGUCCUGUCUCCUCUCAACUCUAACCCUCAUGCCACGAUGGCAGAAGAUGAACCUGAUGCUAAGAGCCCCAAGACUGGGGGGAGGGCCCCCUCAGGUAGUGCUGAGGCGGGGGAACCUACCACCCUCCUGCAGAGGCUCCAAGGUACCAUUUCCAAGGCCGUGCAGAACAAAGUAGAGGGAAUCCUGCCCAGCAGAAAUAAAACCAGAGCCGAUCCCCACAGAUCCCCCAGCCACUAUGGUCCACAAGGGCUCCUCAGACACAGUGAGCACCCAACCUCAAAUCAUUUCAAGCAAGAUGUGCAGAAAUUCUCAGACAACGACAAGCUGUAUCUCUACCUUCAGCUACCCUCAGGGCCCAGUACUGGAGACAAAAGCUCAGAGCCAAGUACACUCAGCAAUGAGGAGUACAUGUAUGCCUACAGGUGGAUCCGCAACCACCUAGAAGAGCAUACUGAUACCUGUCUGCCAAAGCAAAGUGUUUAUGAUGCCUAUCGGAAGUACUGUGAGAGCCUCGCCUGUUGUCGCCCACUCAGCACAGCUAACUUUGGCAAGAUCAUCAGAGAAAUUUUCCCUGACAUCAAAGCCCGAAGGCUAGGUGGCCGGGGCCAGUCCAAAUAUUGCUACAGUGGCAUACGAAGGAAGACCUUGGUAUCUAUGCCACCCUUGCCUGGACCUGACCUAAAGGGCUCUGAGAGUCCAGAAAUGGGGCCAGAAGUAACCCCAGCCCCUCGGGAUGAACUGGUCGAGGCAGCCUGUGCCCUGACCUGUGAUUGGGCAGAACGAAUCCUGAAACGAUCCUUCAGUUCCAUCGUUGAGGUCGCCCGCUUCCUGCUACAGCAGCAUCUCAUCUCUGCCCGGUCUGCACAUGCCCAUGUGCUCAAGGCCAUGGGGCUUGCUGAGGAAGAUGAACAUGCCCCUCAAGAACGGUCAUCAAAAUCCAAGAAUGGUGUAGAGAACCUAGAGGGUGGAGCCCAUAAGAAAUCAGAGAGACCAGCCCAGCCUUCUAAGGAGCUGGAACCCAGGGCUGGGGCUGGCCCUACAGCACGUGGAGAGCGGAAGAAGAGUGUAGUGGAGAGCCUGGCCCCAGCAGCUAAUAACCCGCAAGUUAAUGCCCUAGUGGCCCGGCUGCCUCUGCUCCUCCCCCGGGCCCCUUGCUCACUUAUUCCACCAAUCCGAGUCUCUCCGCCCAUCCUGGCCCCCAAGCUUUCUUCAGGUGCUCUGAAAGUGGCUACGCUGCCCCUGCCCAGUGGGGCUGGGGGGCCCCAGGCAGCUGUGCCCAUCAUUAACAUGAUCUUACCAACUGUUCCUGCUUUGCCUGGGCCUGGGAAAGCUGCACCUGGGGGGUUCACUCAGUCUUGGGGCACAGAGAACAGAGAAGUGGGCACAGGUCGGGACCUGGGACCCUAUGACAAAGGUGUCAAGAGGACAGCCGAAGUUCCUGUGAGAGAGGCCACUGGGCAGGACCUACCAGCUAAAGCAGCAAAGCAGCAUACAGAGGAUACCAGAAGUGAUGCCAAAAGGAAACGGGGGCGCCCUCGGAAAAAAUCAGGUGGAAGUAGGGAGAGGAAUUCUACUCCUGACAGGACAGCAGCUGCCACAGACUCUGCCCAAUCCUCAAGGUUACCACGGGAGUCACGGGCCUCUGGAGGGGAAAGCAACUCAGCUGGAGGGCCAGAGAGGCCAGAGGCAGUGAGAGAGGCCGAGAAGGGGAUGGUACUUGCCCAAGGUCAGGAAGUUGAUGCUGUUGCCAGGGGAGGUAGGGGCCCCAGUUUCCGACAUGCCAAAGAAGCAGAAAGUAAAAUUCCUCUUGCCACCCCAAAAGUGUGUGUCAUCAAGGGUAGCAGAAGCCAGAAGGAGGAUCUUCCUUUGGUAAAGGGAGAGGUAGACACUACAGCACAGGGUAAUAAAGACUCAAAGGGGCAUGUGCUUCAAAAUUCCUUGUCCCAUGAGGGUUAAGACCCCAAAGCAACACCCCCAUGGUAGGUUUAUGAAGAAGAGUGUUUAUAUCCAUGUGUGAACUCUACCUGUCUGCCUUGUAGAGGCCCUUCUCUGCACUUGCUUCUCAUUUGGCUCUUUUCCUAAGAGAAUUCAUUCUCUUUUAUAUGGUUAUCUAAGGCACCCUGUCUUACGUACUGCCUGGUUCCUGCCUCUGACCUUUCCAGCUCGAUACUCUUGGAUUUAGAGUCACUAAUAAAUCUGUAGUGGCUUCCUUACCUGGCUCCCUGUGCUAUCCUGUGGGAAGGUAGAGAUGGAGUAAGUAUGAAGAACAUAAAACUUAGGUAUUUUUCGGCUUUAAAUCAAUAGAAACUACUCAAACUGGCUUAAAGAUUUAUUGGCUCAUGUAAGUGGUAAGCCCAGAGGUAGCACUGGCACCAGGUAAAGGUGAUCAUGGCUCAGCAUGUUUCUAAAUACCUGGUUGAUCCUCCCCUGUCCCCUAGCCUCUGCCUUCCCUAAGGUCGUCUGAAGCCUGGGUUGCCUUGUGGCUGUUAGCACUCCUGGGUGUUUACAUGCUUCCUCAUUUAUGUCCAACCGUAAAGAGAAGGCAUCUUUGUGCCAGGAACCCUAGCAAAAGCCCUAAGAUUAACUCUGAGGCCAGCCUGGGUCACAUGCUCACCCCUAACUUGUCACUGUGGCCAGGAGAAUGGUGUGUUGCUCUUUUGCUUAUUCUACAUUAUGGACUUCACUUUUGGGGAAAAGGGUGGGAUGAGCCUCCUCAGUCACAUACCUGACCCCUCGUCACUAGUAUAAAGUACAUUUGGUUUUAGCUUGCUAGGUUAAAAUCAGCUUUACCUGCUUCCUUUUUCCCUCAUAGUCUUCUGUUUUCCUUAGUAGAGCUAUAACUGCAUUCCUCUUGUUUCAGUCCCAUAAAGAAUGAGAGGGAAGUCAUUCUCCUUUAGGGACUAAAUCUUUAGUUUCAUUUAGGUGACAAUCCCUUUUUUUUUUUCACCUACAUCUCAGAGAUGGAGAUUAUUCUUUUUCCUGUUUCCCAGUUUUAGCUUUCUCCCCAUUCCUGCUUUGCUAUCCCCAACCCUACUGUCAUUUUCACCAAGUGAUUUACUUCCUAGUCAUUUUGUUAAAUUCAUUCUGUAUCCACCAGGUGUCAGUCUCUUGUCAUACAUGUGUCAGGACUUAGCCAGGAUUAUGGAUUUCAGGAUAGGCAUAUGGAAGGAGGUAGCCCUGCAUAUCAGGAAGCACCAGCAGGAAGGGAAUCCAGACCCUCCAGGUGUAUCCUUGGGAAAAGUAGUAAACCAAUCAGUAUUUAUUGAGGAUUCACUUGUCUUCUGCAUAGGGUAGCUUCUGUCAGGAAACCAUGGUUCUUCCCAAGAAAUACAGAUUUUCUUCCAGGGAGACUUCAUUUCAUUUGUUUCCACCACAGCAAAUUUUUUAAAGCGAUACUGUGUAAUAUUUGAUAUCUAUAAGGAAUGUAUUUAACAUGAAUAAAUUAUGAAGAAGCAUACUAAUUAAAUAAGUACCUAUGACCCAUCACCUCACACAUUAAAACAGAAAUACCAUUGAAUUUCUUGUGUUCCUCCCCUGUCCUAUCCCCUAGAGGUAACCACUGUUCUUAAUUUUAUGUUUAUAUAUAGGAUGUUCAGUUUUGCUUUUUAGCUUUAAAAAAAUUUUAUGCUCUAAUAGUCCCCCACAGUUUUUUUCACUUAACAUUAUUUCAAAGAUUCGUCCAUGUUGUAGACAGCUAUGAUUCUUCAUUUUCAUGUGUAUAAUAUUCCACUAAGUGCAUAAACCACAAGUUACUUACUCAUUCACCCAUUAAUGGACAUUUGGUUAGUUCUAAUUUUUUGCUCCUGCAAACAAUGCUUCUAUGAACAUUCUCAUUCAUGUUAGUGUCUUUGUUUUUAGUAAGAUAUCUAAAAAGGCUUCUAGGAUGGAUCUUUUGGUCCGUACAUCUUAAGUUGGGGACUGAUGCCUCUUAUUCUGUGAAAGAGUUUUCAUCAUAUUGAAAUGAACUGUCCCUUGGAAGUCUGGUAAAACCUGUUAGGCCAUCUGAGCCUGGUGUUCCUUUGUGAGAAAUAUUUUAACCAUUGAUUGAGUUUCUUUAAUUAUAGGCUAUUUGGGCUAUUUCUUCUUGAGUCAAUUUAGGUAAAGUGUUUUCCUAGAAUUUUGUGCAUUUCAUUUAGUUUUUAAGAAAUGAAAUUUCUUCUAUUUCCUUCUUUUGCCUCUCCCUGCUUGUAGUCAUAUCUCCCUUUUCAUGCCUACUGUUUAUUUGUGCCUUCUUUUUACCCUUAGUCAAUUGCACGAGAAAUGUGUUAUUUUACAUGUCUACUUUCAGCUACCACACUAGGCUUUGUUGAUCUCCCUUAAGUAAUUUUUUUCCAUUUCAUUAAUUAUGAAUUUUAAAUACAGUAGUUCCAUCCGCUUUCUUUAGAUUUACAGUUGACCCCUGAACAAUGUGGGGGCUAAGGGUGCUGACCCCCAGCACAGUUGAUAAUCUGUGUAUAACUCUGACUCCCCAAACUUAACUACCAAUAGCCUACUGUUAGCCUGAAGUCUUACUGAUAACAUAAACAGGUAAGCAACACAUACUUUGUACAUUAUAUGUACUAUAUGUUGUACAAUAAAGUAAGCUAGAGAAAAUAAGUCACAAAUUUCCAAAACAUUUUUCAAUGUAUUUAUUAAAAUAUUCCAUGCAUUAAGUGGACCUGCAUAGUUCAAAUUUGUUGUGUAAGGGCCAACUAUAAUUUCAUGUUCUUGUAUAACAUCUGAACUUUAACACCUAUUAAUUUUCAAGUUUUCUAUUGUUAAGUUUUCAAGGACUUGCUUUUCUAUAUUCCCCAAGUUUUUCUGUUGUAAAUAUUUUAAUUAUUUAAUUCCAAGGAUAUUUAAAUUACCUUUGUGACUUUUUAAAUUUAUAAAUUACGUUUUUCCAAAUUUAUGGAUUUUUUAAAAUUUCUCUUUGAUAAUUCAUUUUCAGCUUAAUCAUUUGUGCUCAGAGAUGUAGUCUUUGUGAUACCAAGUCUUUAAAAUUUGUUGGGAUUGUUACUGUAUAUUCUGUAACCUUGGAUGUCUAAAUCUUGUUUUGUUGUUUUCACUGAAUCUUGCCCAUGGUAAUUUGUUUCCUUAUAUAUUGUGUAUUUUGGAUAUUUCAGCUCAUAUUUUGUUAAAACUUAUUCUGUGGGAAUCCAGAGUGUCUAAGUUGGAGGUAAUUUCCUCCAGAGAAGAUUUGCAUUUGCUUCUACCAGGAGCAGUGCUCCUGGACCUGUGUUAGCCCCUUCAAGAGUCCCAGUGUAAUUAAUGAGUCCCAAGUUUUCUUCCCUCCCUUGAUUAGACUCAAGGUUUAUCCUCUGUUCAGAAUACUAAUACUGGCAUUUGUCCACAGGGCAAACCUGGUUUUCUACUGCAUGUUCUUCUUCAUAUAGGUGUCAGCUUAAUGUUAUUGUUUCUUCCUUUAGUGAGUUCUCUUACUUUCUAAUUAGCCCAGCAAUAUGCUAAACAUUGCUAAUUUACCCAGGAUCUAGUUGUAUUGUAAUGGGAGAGUUCUUGUGUUAUCCAUGCUGCCAGAAUUAGGAACCCAUUACUGUAGUUUUGAUAUUUUCCUUCUUGUUUUUUAAGUAGUAGGCACUUGUUAGAAGCUAGUUGACUUAGGAUCUGUCUUCAAGUCAAUAAUGUUCACAGCACAGCAUGAGUUAAUGUUUGCAGUAAACAGAGCUAUAGGAGCCCAGAGGAACAGAGUAUGUCAGACAGAGAUCAGAAAUGACUUCCCAGUAAAGACGAGUUAGAAGUUAGCUGGACAUGUCUAACUCAUAAAGCAAGGACAGAAUAAGAUGUGGUAAAAAGAACUAAAUCAUGAUACUGAUUCUACUGCACAAGAGCUGUAAAUUCAGAGACCACUUUGGGCUGAGUAAUUUGGUAGGGCUACAUGGAAAGGGUAGGCUUGAGUUAAGUCUUUAGGUAAGUAGAGUUUAGAUAGGUGAAAAAGAAGAAGGUAUUCCAGGAAAAGCAGGGGGUUAGGGAUAUGGAAUGUGAAUAAAGGCGUGGCAGUACAACCCAGCAAAGAAACCUGUCAAGCAGAAGGGAUGUGUAUGAACAAUAAUAAGAAAUAAACCAGAAGAACACACAACUAUUAUAGUUACCUACUGAUUGAAAGGUAUGAAGUUUGCAAGAGAGGACAGAGGAACUGAAAUCAAAAGGAAGCAGCUGUUAUCCAUGUGGGAGGAGAUGAGGGACUGGACCUGUCGCUGCUGAGAGAGGUGACAGGUACAUGGAAAAAUAAAACCACUGGUGAUGGAAAGAUAGAAGCUUCAAAGGAAAUACUGUUCUCACCAUGAAUGGUGAUGUAUCCAUGCACUCUGGGAGCUCAGACCAUAGGAUGAUUUUUGAGAUUUACACAAUUAAGGGGCUUUUAAGUAGCCAAUUUUAAAAACUAACAUAAAACAAGUUAUUCUUCUGUAGUUCAAGCAGUCUUCAGUUUACUAGAUGAUGGGCCAAAUUAAAAUUUGGGGGACUGCCCACUGCUUGUUCUCUUACCAUUCCUUAUUCUCUCCUAAAAACUCUAUUCCCCACUCCCAUUUCCCCCAUAGUGUUGUCUUUUUUCAUUUUAGCCCUAUCUUAAAGAUAAUUUAUAAUGUACUAAAAUUUGAGAUAAUCUUUCGCUAUUUAACCAAGACAAACUACAUGUCUAGUCUGUGACCUCAAAUAAAUGAACUUAUUUUUAUGGACAAGAAUCAGCUUUCUUUAGAAAUUAAAGCAGAUGACACAUUCACUCAUACUAACCAGGGGAAUUACUUCAUUAUGUAUUUAUCUUAAGUGUUUGUCACAUGUAUGGUUCCUAGUAGAUCUACUCCUUUGCCUAGAUCAUCCUUCUGGCUCUAUCCCACAAGAGAAAGUUAAAACAACAUAUACAUAAUGCAGUAUUUCUUAAAUGUCCAUAAGGAGGCAUUUGUUCACUGGAAAGAGCAUGAACUCAGGUCACAUAUUAGCUUUACUACUUUCCAUAUAACACAGAACAUUUAUUUGAUCCAAUUUUUUCAAACUGUAAAUUGCAACCCCUUAGUGGAUUGUGAAACUGAUUUAGCAGAAUGCAGCUUUUAAAGAAGCGAAACAGAAAAUAUCCCUGUACAUUGCACAUAGUAAGGGGUAACUACCAUUUUAUGAAACAUUUCAGUGAAGACAUGUCUAUGUGUUCUUCAGGUAGUCAUGAUAUAAAAUGUAUUUAUUGUGGGUUGAAGUAAAACAAUUUUGAAAAACAAUGACAACCAUUCUGAAAGCUCAGUUUCCAUAAAAUGGGAUAAAAAUCUCUUUCACAGGGUUGUAAUGAGGAAUAAAUGAGGUAAUGUUUAUAUUCAUGCAGAGUAGGGGCUCAAGCAGUAACUGCUAGCCUUUCUCUGGAAGAAAGCCCAUAACAUCUAAGGUUCAGGGAAAAAAAUCACUUUGUAUCUUCUUUAACCACAGGAGUGUUUCCUAUAUAACUGGAGUUGUAUUAUGACCUGGGUCCACUAGCUUUACCAACUGUUGAUGAAUAAGCCAACUUCUUUCCCUACUUUUAGGAAAUUAAAUAUGAUAAAUAAAUGACAUUAACUGA